GAGCGGAUGUGGGCGGGGUAGAUUCCGGCUAGCUUGCAGCCGGAGCGCUUCCUGCUGCUUGUCGCUGCUCUCAGAGUAGAACCAGUACGAAACCAGCGCUCCCAGUGAAGCCAGUCCGCCCAGCAGAGAGGGAGCAGGCCGCAGGUUCCGCGUGAACUCACCGGGACACCGAGGGACGGACGGCGGGAAAAUGGCGAAGACAUACGACUACCUGUUCAAGCUGCUGCUCAUCGGGGACAGCGGCGUCGGCAAGACCUGCCUGCUGUUCCGGUUCAGCGAGGACGCCUUCAACACCACCUUCAUCUCCACCAUCGGAAUCGACUUCAAAAUCCGAACGAUCGAGUUGGAUGGAAAGAAAAUCAAACUGCAGAUCUGGGACACAGCAGGUCAGGAGAGGUUCAGGACCAUCACAACGGCCUAUUAUAGAGGAGCCAUGGGCAUCAUGCUGGUGUAUGACAUCACCAACGAGAAGUCCUUCGACAACAUCAAGAACUGGAUUCGCAAUAUCGAGGAGCACGCCUCCGCGGACGUGGAGAAAAUGGUUCUGGGAAACAAGUGCGACAUGAACGACAAGAGACAAGUGUCCAAGGAGAGAGGAGAGAAGCUCGCCAUCGACUACGGGAUCAAGUUCCUGGAAACCAGCGCCAAGUCCAGUAUCAAUGUGGAGGAGGGCUUCUACACGCUCGCCAGAGACAUCAUGGCCAGGCUCAAUAGGAAAAUGAACGACAACAACCCGUCAGGUGGAGGUGGGCCUGUCAAGAUCACAGAGCCCCGCUCCAAGAAGAGCCUGUUUAGGUGUUCGCUGCUGUAGGCGGAGCCUCAGCUCAGACCUCCUCCUCCUCCUGCAGCAGGAGCUGGGGAACAACCUGUGGACAGUUUAGAAGCCUGCUGUGACUCCUCCUCCUCCUUUUCUUCUUCUUCUUCUGUUUUCUUGUUGUCUGCUGUCAGCUCAGCAGUUGGAGGAGGCUGAGCCAACGCAGCAUCUGAGUGUUUGUUGCAGUGAGAACACGGAGGCGACGAUGAUGAUGAUGGCGAUGAAGGGCAGGGCCAAUGACUGUUUGUACCAAAGUGGGUGGAGCUGUGGCUCCGCCCUCUCCUCUGAGGUUUCAUUUUACACGUUGAGUCUGAAGCAUUUAAAGGAUCAGACAUGUAGCAGACUCUUAUGGAGGCUUCAGUCCGACUCUUACAGCAACUGACCAAUCACAGACCAGCGGCCUGGACUACGAAGCAGGUAACCAAGGAUACGAGGUGCGAUUAAAGAGUUCAGCCAGGCGGUAACCUUCCCGAGUCAGUGGGACUUUAAGAAGUCAGACGAGUGUCCACCUGCUGCAGCGUGGACGUCAGCAGCUCCACAAUUACCCAUGAUGACGGCUGGAUCUCCGCCCAUGAUCCACCUUUUAGUGGAGAAGAUGCACAGUGCUAUCAGGAGGACCUCCUCAGCUUCCUCCUGUUAAUGUGAAGCAGCAGCUCAACUGCGAGUUCCUCUUGGAUCUCAGAGCUCCUCACAAAUUCAAAUCAGUGUUUUCCUUUUCUUUUUUUUUUUAAUUUUUUUUUAAUAAGCACCGUAACUGAACUUUCCGAUCGCACCUCGUAUGUCUCAUCUCGAUCUAAUCGUGCAAAGUGGGAACACGGCGGUUGUGAAGCCAAACCAGGUUUUCUGAAUCUCUGUGCACAGGUUUACAGCCUCUCGCACCGCCGUCACAAACCCCAAAACCUGGGUUAAACCUGAAGUCUCUAAGCCCAGAUCCUGCUUCGUGGUUCAAGCCUCUGUCAGAUCGCUUCAGCUAAUCUCCUGCACACCGCCUAAAAAUAAGCUGAACUACCGGAAGUUACCUGAUCUUGGUAAUCAGAGGGAAACUGUGCAGGACCUUCUUUGAAAACGUCCUGAAAUGUGCAGCUUUGUAUUUUAGGAAACUUUGCAGGAAAUCAGCUGAAAAAAAAUUAGUAUAUAUAUAUAUAUACAUAUAUAUAAAAUAAAAAAAUGUAUAAGAACAUUUUCAUUUCAAUCUUGAAUUUACAACUCAAACAUAGGAAAUAAAAGCCCAGUAAGAUCGGCGGGCUUCGAACAGACGAGUGGAAAUCAUAAAAAUAUUAUCGAGUUUUAAAUUUUGUGUUCACUAAAAUGUCUUAACCUUCAUUUGACCUCCAGCCUUCAUUUCCUUUCAGAGUUUAUUUUAACUAAACAGAACUAAUAGUUUUAUAUUUUAUCUUUUUUUUUAAAUGCAUCUUUUGUUAAUUCUAUUCCUUUAAAACAUCUCUGUGAUAAAUAUGUAUGAAAGCAGAGAAAAUCCCUGCGAAGCAGCUUUCUUCUCUGUUCAAAGACGCGAAGACGCUUGUUUUUACUUUUGAUGCUUUUCUGUGUUUUUGUAUUUAAUCGUUUAAUAGCACACGUGCUGCUUUUAUUUUGUACGUUUUCAAAGGAACUGUACAACCUGUGCUUUUAUUUUGAAGUUUUAUUUUCAUGUGCAGCUGCUGGUUCUAGAUUUCCUCUUUCUGACUCCCGAUCCAUAAGCCUGCCGAUCGGUUCAUUGGCUGAAACUACAUAUUUAUUAUCGUAAAAGAUGUUCCUUUUUCCUUUUAUUUUUAACUUUAGUCAGAAGUUAAAAUCUGAACAAUGAUUGAUCAAAUUCGAUGAGCACGGUGUGGAAACGUAAACUCAAACUUUUAGUUUUCUGCAGUUUUCUCUGAAAAGCUGUUUCCACGGGAGGAACUCGACCUCUUAAACAUUUGCAGCCGAUAUUCUGCGACAACUUUGACCGUCACCCCAAUCCCAAAACACCCCAAACAACGGCGGGAAGCAAGAUGGAAACACGGGAUAUAAACUUAAGCUACUUUAAGUUUUUUGGAAAGUUCUCGAAUUCAUGAAAUCCCUCCUGACUGUUUCCGUGAAGGCAGAGUGAAAACGGAAUGAUUUUGUGACGUCUGUCCUGAGCCCGCCAAAAACGAGUGAGGCAUGUUGCCGAUGGUCGGUUUUGUCUCGCUUUAGAUGGGUUUCUAGUUUUACAAAUAUCGUGAAGUAUAGCAGAAGUAGUAAGUACAGGUGUGUGUUUUUAAUAUAUUCAAGUACUUUAUAAAAACCCUACAAUAACACAGCGAAAACCCCCCCAUGCGCAAGUGGUGAGAGUGGGAAGGAAAAACUUCCUUUUAACAGGAAGUACCCUCAGGCAGAACCAGGCUCAGAAAAGACAGCCACCGGUGCCGGUUUAAGUGAUUAAAUAUCCCAUUUUUGUCUGAAAUAUAUGUCCGUGCUCGUUUUUACUGGAGCGUGGUGAGAUGCAAGGAGGUGGUAUCGCAGGACACUUGGCUUACCCCUGAGCACUUCCUGCUCAGCUAAAAGCCUGCAGAAUCUGUUCCGCGAGUUCCUUGGGAGGAAAAAUCCUUUAAGUGAUUUGGCUUCUAGAAAAUUCCUAAAACUGAAUGUUGGCUCGAUCCCGGGUUCAGCGGGAACAGACGCUCAGCAGCUGCACAUGAAGCCCGUGCAGAAAUCAGUGUUACAGCACGUUUGUUUACAGCAGCAGUGUUUUUAAUUUACUCCGCUCGGCUUCCUGUCACAGCCACAGACUGUAAGUAAAGAUGGACGACGUACCGCCUCUUCCUCAGAGUGUCCGCUCUGACCUCAAUCAGAGAAGCCGCCAAUCAUGGCCACAGACAUCAGUUUAAAGCACCCAAUCAAAAAAACAGAAUGUACUCGGAGGGGGCGGGGUUUGUGACCUGUGUACCUACGUUUCCUCACUUCCUCUCGUCCAUCUUUAUGUCCAGUCGGAACGUCUUAAAGAUAAAUGAAGAGGUUAAGGAGGCGUGCUCAACGUGUUUUUGUAUUUUUCAGCACUUUGUAAUUCGCUAUGCAAAAACCACUUUUUCCUUUUAUCAGGAGUUUGUGUUACUGUGCUCUGAUUGGUCACACAGGUCGUCAGACGCAUCGAUGUGUUUGUCAGAGGUCAUACGUUUAAUAGGAAACUGGUGUUUAUUUUAAAUGUGACUUUCAGAUUAAAAGCCUUGUCACUUCAGCACAUGGAAACACAGAUGGUUUUAAUAAAGUUUUAUAUUUGGGACUUUGGUGGUGUCGGCUGGGAUUGAAAGUUACUGAUGAGGGUGAAACAGAUGAAGGCUCUGAUGAGGAGGAGCUGGAUGUUUUCUUUUUUUAAAAAUCUGAAUUAAAGAAAAGGUCUGCAGACCAGAGGCUCUUAAUGUGAAAUUCACGAGACUGAUUCCGUAGGUUUCGGUGACCUCUGACCCCAUCAGUGUCUUCCGUUUGCUGCUCUGAGAUGUUUGGAGCAUCGUCGCUGCUUCAGCUGAUGAACAAUAAACAACUUUUUCUACCA